GGAAGUGCUUUCACACACAGGGUCAUCCAUCUCACACAGGGUUAAAAGGUUUAAGCUGCUGUGAACCUGUAGAGAGCAGCAUUGAUAUAAUCACAUACUUCUAUACCAUCAGCUCGUCCUUACCGUAAAGGGGGUGGAGCGACUAUAGUAAAGCUGGUACAUUUUCCUGUUGUGGCAGCCGAAACGUAAUCGUUUUCACACAUAGUCAAACAAAUUACGUACUAACUGCUUCAAAGUGGAUAUAUUCCGAAUACAGGCUGUUAUUUUAACUAGUUCUUAGCGGUUUGAAAGGGUAUCGCAACCCGCCGAAAGGCGAUUCGCGACGAAGACGGCUCAUUAAGAAGCCUGGUUGGACUUCGGCGGACCAUUUCGGCUUUUGGAAGCAGUUUGUCUUUCUUCAUUAGGAAGUGGGUGUAAAGCCAGAAACACACGUGGGGGUUUGUCACCAUGAGCCGUCCUAUAGCAGCUGACUGAUAGUGAGCCUGCAUAUGCUAAGCGAAGCGGUGAGGGUCGGGUCCGCCUCAGUCUCGUGUGAUUGGACGCUGGAUGGAAUCAAGGUGAAUGGAACACAAAGAGCAGGAGCUUAACCUGCCAGAGGGAGAUGAGACACGGUGGCCGAAUGGAGUGAAGAGAAAAAGAAAGAAUAGUCAAUGCUCUAUGAAGAGCGCGUCUGUGAAGAUCAUCUCUGUUCCAGGGUAUGUUCCUAGCUACCUGGAGAAAGAUGAGCCAUGUGUGGUAUGCGGGGACAAGGCCACCGGCUACCAUUACCGCUGCAUCACAUGUGAGGGCUGCAAGGGUUUCUUUAGGAGGACAAUACAGAAGAAUCUACACCCUUCCUAUUCCUGUAAAUAUGACAGCUGUUGCAUCAUUGACAAAAUCACCCGCAACCAGUGCCAGUUAUGCCGCUUCAAGAAGUGCAUCUCGGUGGGCAUGGCCAUGGACUUGGUGCUGGAUGAUUCAAAACGCGUGGCCAAGAGGCGUCUGAUUGAGGAAAACCGGGAAAAGAGGAAGAAAGAGGAGAUCGUGAAAACACUGCACAAUCGACCUGAACCCACCGUCUCGGAGUGGGAGCUCAUCCGUAUGGUGACCGAGGCUCAUCGCCACACCAAUGCCCAGGGUCCUCACUGGAAACAGAAACGCAAGUUCCUACCAGAAGACAUCGGGCAGUCUCCAGCCCCCACAUCAGACAACGACAAAGUCGACCUGGAGGCCUUCAGUGAGUUCACUAAGAUCAUCACCCCUGCCAUCACACGAGUUGUGGACUUUGCCAAAAAACUGCCCAUGUUCUCUGAGCUGCCCUGUGAAGACCAGAUUAUCCUGCUGAAAGGCUGCUGUAUGGAGAUAAUGUCCUUGCGUGCAGCAGUGCGAUACGACCCAGAGAGCGAGACGCUGACCCUGAGCGGAGAGAUGGCUGUCAGUCGAGAGCAGCUGAAAAAUGGAGGCUUAGGAGUGGUAUCUGAUGCCAUCUUUGAUUUGGGCAAGAGCCUGUCACAGUUCAACCUGGAUGACUCAGAGGUGGCGCUGCUGCAGGCUGUACUGCUCAUGAGCUCAGAUCGCUCUGGACUGACGUGUGUGGAAAAGAUCGAGAAGUGUCAGGAGAUGUACUUGUUAGCAUUCGAGCACUACAUCAACCAUCGCAAGCACAACAUCUCGCACUUCUGGCCCAAGCUGCUGAUGAAGGUGACGAACCUGCGCAUGAUCGGCGCCUGUCACGCCAGCCGCUUCCUGCACAUGAAAGUGGAGUGUCCCACAGAACUCUUCCCCCCGCUCUUCCUAGAGGUCUUCGAGGAUCAGGAGGUGUGACCCGAGAGCCACUGGGGAACUUGGGGAGGGAAAAAAAGGGGGCAAAACUGAUCGUGAAUUCGUUUUCGAAAAGCAUACAAGAAGCAUUUGUUUUUUCGCAUCCUCAUGCAAUGCCGAACCAGAACAUGUACUUUAUUUUGCACCAUCAGCUUUGUCUGGGAUAUUUCUUGGGUUGUCGGCCUCCACACCUUUCGACCCUAUAGUCACUUGCCAUUCAGAUUCCUCCCACAGACGGACAAAAAGCUAGCAUGCAUCAACCUACCUCUCGUACCGACAUACCUCCCAACCUCAGAAGGAGCUUAUUUCAAAAGCGUGACAAAGAAACCCACACAUUCAAAAGCAUAACCGGUUUCAGAAACGCUAGCUAAGACAGAGGAAACUUCUAUAAGCAACACGAACACCUACAUUUGGGCUUUACACUAUUAUUAAUCUACAAAACAAUGCUAAUUUUCCUCUGAUUACAAUAGUAUUUUAGCAUUCAUCUUCCUCUUUGCACGCAUAGAAUAUCUCCUUUGUAAACAUAACUACCUGUGUGUACUCGUACACUCUGUACCUGCAUUGAUAUGUGUGAACUUCUCAUACCUUAUAUACACCAGCAUACAGACAUACAUGUAGCAACAUGUCCUUACAUGUAUGUAUGCAUACAAUUCAACCUGCAUUAACUCAUCUAUCUUCUUACAAUGCAGUGUCUACAGUUCUCAAAAACCUUCCUAUCUACCAUAUCCACUUGUAUGUUACUUAAGCUGAACAUUUUGUGACCUCAUUUUCUGAACUUUCUGGUGUGUGACCCAUAUAGCCGUCGUGAGGUAUUUCCUCCUGUAUCCAUCCGUCCUAGUGUUAUCCAUUUGGGCAGACAGAUUGAUGUACAUACGUAUUAAGCCAUAUGCUGUGGUUUGAGACACAUCCAUCUCCAUAUUAUGGCCUUCAGAUCAGUCGUUGUGCUCCCUAUGUCUCAUCAGAUGGUAGUACCUUAUGGUAUUACACAGGUACUUAAAGGAGAAGUCCACUUCCAAAACAAAGAUUCACAUAUAAUGUACUCACCCCCUUGUCAUCCAAGAUGUUCAUGUCUUUCUUUCUUCACUCGUAAAGAAAAUGUUUUUUGAGGAAAACAUUUCUGCAUUUUUCUCCAUAUAAUAGACUGAUAUGGUGCCCCGAGUUUGAACUUCGAAAAAGCUGUUUAAAUGUAGCUUCAAACGAUCCCAAAUGCGGUUGUAAACAAUCCCAUCUUGGUGUAACGAUUGGUUAUUUUCAUAAAAAUAAUACAAUCUAUAUACCUUUUAAUUCCAAACGCUCAUCUUUGUGAAUCUUUGUUUUGGAAGUGGACUUCUCCUUUAAAAGAAUACUAUGGUAUUAUCCAAAAAAAAAGUACUUCUAGGGGAUUAUAAUCCCAUCAUUUCUUUGGACAAAUUAGAAGUACAGGGUGGUAAAUGAUCCCUGAAAAUCAGAUUUUGACAGAUAAAAACAGAAAAAAAACACAAACUAAGGGUUAGAUCAUAAGAAUAGUAGCGUACAGUGGGGCUAAACAUAAAAAAAACACUUCAGCAAAAGGCGUUGAGCAAUAUUCUGUUCAUUUAAUAAUUUUAUUUAGAAAUAUGAUUAAAUACUAAAAAUAUUUUUGUAUUGUAUUUAAGCCUGUAUUAUGCCUUUUUUAAUGUUUCUAAUAUUGUUUUGGGAAUCUCCUACAAUAGAUUCACAUGCAUGCAAGGUCAAACAACGCUUUCGUUCUCAAAAUAUGCAUUUAAUACCUCAUUUUACAGCAAUUCUCAAACGACUCAUUUGAAGCAGUUCAAAGAUUCAGUCUCUCCAAACUCCUCCUUUCUGUGAGCCUGAUCUGCUCUGAUUGGUCUGAUGGCCCAGUCUGUUGUGAUUGGUCUACCUCAUACAACGCAUGUCAGAAACGCUACACCCGUUGUCAUAGUUUCAUAUUAUGAAAUCUUGAUAGAAAAUAUAAACAUCUAUGAUUUAUCAUUACUUACAGGUUGAGAUUCUAAUGAGAUUCGGAUUAUUAUGAGAUUAAGACUAAAAUUAUUUUGGUACCGUAUUUAAAAUUCCGACCAUUAAUUCAUUUCCAACCAUCUUGGCAUCACUUGCUUUAAAGUGCCUGUAUUGUACCGUUUUUAAUGUUCCUAAUAUUGUUUUGGGAGUCUCCUGAAAAAAAAAAAGUCUGACUGCAACAAACCUGAAAAUCACAAACAAGCAUUUUGCUGCAAAAAAUAUAAUUUCAAGUAUUCUCAUUAGUUACAAUGUUUACAAUUGUUUAAAAAAAAAAAAUGGCUUAAAAAUAAACCUUGUUUAUUUUGCAGAGCAUAGCCACCAAUAGGUAUUGCUGUUCAUUGUUUUGAGAUGGAAAUGAAAAAUACAAAGUACUUUUGGCCCCACUGUACCCUACACCUUUGCUGAUUUUAAAAGUAGGCAUCUAACAAUCUCUGCAUCCUUCCUGCAAGAGGAAAUGAAAUGAGUGUCACUUACCUCUCCAUGUCUUCAAACAGACUCUACCUCACCCCUCAUCCAUGCAUCGCAGUCUACAAAGCACUUUUUUUCACCCACCCGCUCAUUCAUAUAUAUUCCUGCUUAAACCUGUACAUAAACGUGCACAUGUACACUAAAAAGUCACAUACGUGUGAUAGCAACCUCACUCAUGUGUGUGUGUGUGUGUGUAUACUGCUUUUCCUUUCACUUGUGAUGUGGGACCAAGUGUCAGUCUUGUUCCCUGUUUCUGAGGACAGUACGAAUGUGCCGGACUGAAUGAAUUUUACUGUGCAGACCGAUUGCUCAGCAGAUUACUUUGCUUUAAGAAAGCGCUGGAAAAGCAGCACAGGAAGAUGGUUCCUGCGUAAAACGAACCUCGUUUUUGGUCAGCCCAGUUCAGUGGUCCCUGUGCCUCUAAAUCUGUCCUGUACAUCUCACACAAGAACUUUACAUGAACUCUUCCCCAGCAAAGGACACAGCCAGACCCCCAAAGCGUCCCUUCAAGUAGUUUAACCAGCUUAAUUUUUCUGGUUCAGACGCAUAGCAGGGUUCCAACGUCCUUUUUGACUGAUACUGUGUCAGGAAGUGAGAUGCAGCCUCCAUUUAAAAUGACACAGAGGAACAAAAGGGCAGAAAGGACAAACUCACUGUGACUAGCUAUACUCAGGCACGGAGCUCCCAUGAGGCCAUGCACCUGACUCAGGCUCAAUCCAACCCACCAGCACUGCAGACAUGCACUGCCCACAGUCACAAUCUACUGCACCAGCAAGGGUCAGCUCAGCUGAGCCCUGCCCACAGACCCUGUUCUUGGUAACGGGGAAUCAGGAAGCCAUUUGUUUUGCUGGACAUCCAAACCUGCUUUACAGCACUUUUAUUAGAGCAGAAUUCAGUCCUAUACACCUAGCCAGAUCAUGAGUAUAUUGACUGAGACUUUGACUCUUAAAGGGGUCAUAUCAUGACGUUUGAAAUAAAAGUUCAUUGUACUAUGAAAUCAGACUGUAACUUUCAGAACUUCUUCCCUUGGCCACAUUUAAAGGGGAUUAACUGAAGCUAUGCAGCAAAAAUGUAUUUUUCUGAAUAUUAACAUAUGACCGACGACAUUUCCGUAUGUGACCCUGGACCACAAAACCAUUCAUAGGGGUCAAUUUCACCUGAAAGCUGAAUAAAUAAGCUUUCCAUUGAUGUAUGGUUUGUUAGGAUAGGACAAUAUUUGGCUGAAAAGCAACUAUUUGAAUAUCUGGAAUCUGAGGGUGCAAAAACAUCUAAAUAUUGAGAAAAUUGCCUUUAAAUUUUUCCAAAUGAAGUUCUUAGCAAAGCAUUUUACUAAUUAAAAAUUAAGUUUUGAUAUAUAUAUAUACAGUAGGAAAUUUACAGAACAUCUUCAUGAAACAUGAUAUUUACUUAAAAUCCUAAUGAUUUUUGGCAUAAAAGUAAAAUCGCUAAUUUUGAUCCAUACAAUGAUUUUUUUGGCUAUUGCUACAAAUAUACCCGUGCUACUUAUGACUGGUUUUGUGGUCCUGGGUCACAUAUUAGCUAUUCUUAAUUGGUGUCCACUCUGACAAAGUAGGAAAGAUAAUCUUUUUCUUAAACACCAGAAGGACUCACGGUUAGAGUAAAAUUUAGAAAUUAAAUCAAAAUUUGCGCUUUUCCUGGCUGUGUGUAGCACCUGCAGAUCCUACUGUAGGAUCCCAGUAUUAAUGGGCAUAGUUCACCCAAAAAUUAAUAUCCUUUCAUUAUUUACUCACUCUCAUGUUGUUUCAAAUCCAUAACUUUCAUACAACUUUUUUUCACCUUUAAACACAAAUGAGGAUGCUUUUAAUAUAUUCUCCUAAUUUUUGUCAGUUUAUUUAAAGUCCACGCAACCAAGGGUUUGAUGCAUUAAAAAUGUCUUCCAUUUUCUAACUCUAGCAUUCUCUAUUCUAAUUCUAUUUUUCUUUUUUUGCUGCCACUGUAAGAAAAAAAAAAAUCUGUUAAUUUACUGUAAGCUGUGCUUGCCAGAAUUUUACUAUGAAAAAUACAGUAGCAACGGAUUUAACUUAAAAUUACGUUUAAAUACCGUAAUUUCAUUGAUUUAAUGUUAAUGUACCAAUCUAUUGAAGUACUGAAAUCUGUUUUGUACCUUUGUAAUACACUGAUAACCACUAAAAGCAGGAGAUGAGAAAGUCACAUGAUGAACCAAAGUCAAUCACAAGCAGAUUUUAAAUACUAACAUAUAUAGAAGGUGCACAGUGUCAUUCACACAAACACCAAACACCAUCAUAACAAACAUCAAGCUGAAAUAAUGCAAAAUAUUAAUUUAACAACAUUAGAUGUAACAUACAACCCUUAUGUACACAACUGAUAAGUAAAAGCUAAGAAAAACAUAGUUAUUUCAAUGAAGAAACAUCUAAUGUAAAAUGUAAGGGAAUUCUGGAAAAUUCGAUUUACGUUUAUUUUUGAAAUUAUACAUUCUUUUUCACUUGCAAAAACGGUAUACUACCGUAACAUGUAAUUUCCAAUACAGUUUUUCACCAUAUAGAGUAGGGGAACUUACCGUUGACCAAUUAAUAGGUUUUUACUGUAGCAUUUUUACAGUCUUUUGGCGUUAAAUUCAGUCUUUUUUUUUUUUAGUGUGUUUCAAAUUUUUUAAAAACACUUGCUCUCUCUAUUCUAUGUCUAUUCUAACUACUUGUUUGGUUUUUUGUUUUGUGUUCUAAAAAAAGGGGUAACAAAAAGCCUCUAAAACUAGCAUUCUCUAUUCUUUUUCUAAUCUAUCUCCUUUUCUUUUUUUCUAAUAUAAAAAAUGACCCACUAACACUAGCAUUCUCUAUUCUUAUUGUAUUCUUUUGACUUGUUUUAUUUCUAUUUAAAAAGGGACCCUUUAACACUAGCGUUCCCUGUUUAUUUUCUAUUUGAUCUACUUGUUUUCUUUUUAUUUAUUAUAAAAACUCUUGCUACGUAUACUGUAUUAAGUUACCCAAGACUUGUCACAGCGACUACAUAUUAUUGCUCUUUUGUUGGUUUGAUUGCGUCUGUUGUCCUCAUUUGUAAGUCACUUUGGAUAAUGACGAAAUCUAAAGUACAAAGACGUAAAAGUAAUCCAUAUGAAUCAAGCUGUUGAAGCAAGUCUUCCAAAGAGACAUGAGCACUUUCUGUGUUGAGUUCAUUUAGACUUUUUUUCCCAAAUAUAAACACAGAGAUAAUCAAAUAUGGUAAAAUUAGUAAAGAACUUCUGCUAGGAAAAUAGCCCUUUUUCCUUUAACUCAUGCAUACAACAUUCAAUGCAGAGUUUAAAAUGAAAGUCCUUUUGGUUUGGAAAGUCAUGAGUGUGAGUAAAUGAUGGCAGAAUUUUCAUUUUUGGAUAUUCCUGCAAGAAACAUAUUUUAACGAGGUUUCAGUGCAAGUUUUAGGGCAGCUUGGAUCCAGUUUACAGAUGAGCACAGCAAAGCUCUGUUGAUCAUUUCACGUGCAAAGAAACGCAAAGUGUAUGUGAAAUUUUGACUUUUGCCGAAGCAAAAAUGUAUACGUGGACCUCAGGGGAAAAACAUUUAAAUAUUAAUCAAAUGCAUGAUAUGACUCCUUUAAUAGAUCUUAAAAAAGGCAUAGUCUUCUCAACAGCUCUCUGGAAAAUUCACAUGCAUCAAUAAAUCGCAUGUCAACUACACGUCCACAGUCUCCAAUGUAGCAAGUCAUAUUUGAGGUCCAAAAGUUCAAGUGUGGAAAAAAAAAAAAAAAAAAUGUCCAUCUUCUGAUGAGGAAUGUCAAAAAUAAAAAAAAAGAGCUCAUUCUUUAGUCAGAAUACUUGCUGUGUUUUAUGCUGAGUGGACAUUAACGCACUUCCAGGCUGUGAAUUUUAACAAACAAAACUAAAGUUCAUUUCAGACACUGUACUCUGUUAUACAUGUUUUUCAAUCUAAACUGUACUGUGGGUGUGUAAGUGCUCAGUGUGAACAGCCAUCGUGCUUCUUAUGUGUUUAGUUGGUUUGACACACUUCAUUAGUAUUUACUCUGUCUCCCAUAUCGAGAUUCUCUUGUAGUGAUUUGAUGAUGAGCACUUCUGUUAUUUCAAACCUUCAUACCUCACAUGUGAACGAUAUGAGAGGAUGAGAUCAACAUAGUCACUUUUGUGUCAAACACACAGCAGUUCUCACUCCUCCAGUAUCUUAGACUGCCAUAAUGUGAUCAGGCUGGAACGAAUGUAGUUGUAGGUCUGACAGUUUAAAAAUGACGCCAAGAUUUUUAAUCAGCCAGAAAAGACACAUCUGCAGCAGAGGUCAACCACAGUCACCAGUACCUCAAUCUAUAGUACUCUAACACACAACUUGACCUCACCUUACUUUAAGAAACCAUCCUCAUCCUCACCGCAGACACCUCACUGGCUACUGUUUUGUAAAACCCAUUCAGUGCAAUAGACUAAGAGUACAGAACUCGAUUCCUGGAGGGCCGCGGCCCUUCAGAGUUCAGUUGCAAACCUGCUCCAAGACAUACAAUGUGGCCCUCCAAGAACUGAGUUCUGAACCCCUGCAAUAUGUUCGAUAAGUGAUGCAGUAUAUAGCUAUAUUUUUUCUUCUCUAACAAUGAUUUUAUCUGCAUUCUCUCUAUCACAAAUAGCUCUAUAUUAUGACAAAGACAAUGAUGCUUGCACAAAUGUUCGUGUGUGUCCUUUUCUUGCUCGUGAAGCAUAAUUGAUGUGCUUUUACUUAAUUUUGAACACUAUGCUUAUGCAGGAAGUUGUUAAGAUGCCGUCUCCUUUAUGGGUCGGUGGUCCAUCUACUCCAGCAAUGCAGAAUUGCUGUUAAAUCAUCCUUUGUAGCAUUGUACAUUAUCCUUCUAUGAAACUGUCCUAGUACCAACCUGUAAUGGACGUGAAAGGCCCGUGAGGUUUUUCCCUAGUGGGUGCAAUGCAGACUAUGUUUAAUUUUUGUUAUUCCUUUUUUAUAUUUCAACUUUAUUUGCAGAAAGAUUAAAAAAUGUAAACUUUUAACCGAUUCUCAAACCGCCGACUAUCAUUCAAGGUGUUUGCUUUGAGCUAUUAUUUUUGCAUGUAGUAACUAAUUUAACAAUUAAGAUCAUAUUUUCACAUGCAGGAACCACGUAAAAAUGAUUCAUAAUAUAAUAAUAAUAAUAAAAGUCCUAUUUGCAGCUAUACAAUCAAUAUAUAUAUGUGUUUAAUACCAAUCAGACAAAAGCAGAACAUGAGGGAGGGGUUUAAAAGUAACUCAGGUAUGUGUGCUACUUUUCACUUUAAAAAAUGUUUAAUAAAUGAUUGUUGUCUGUGAAGA